ACAUUGAUUUCAAUUUCUACUAGCUUUCCCAACGUUUUCCUCCUUUGCCAAAGUCUUUUAUCAUCCAACUGCAUCAGUUCAUAUAUUUCAUGUUAGUUCUCCGCAUCUUGCUUCGUAGGAAAGACAAAAUCGAAUCAAAGAAGGAAGUUUGUGAUUUUACCCCUAACAUCUGUUUUAUCUGAUUUACAUGCCCAAACUUGUCUUCAAACUCUUUUCAACAUCUUCCACUCUAGUAUCAAUAUCAGCACCCUCUACAAUUCCCAAUCAUCUUGUCUUGUAACUCUUCAACUUUUACUCAAAUCUUCUUGGGUCUUGUUAUUUUGUCUCUCAAAGGAAGUCAACAUAAUAUCAAAUCAUUAAACUCCGUCAGAUACAUGUCGACUUCAACAAGUACUUUAGCAAUUGAAAAGAAGAUGGUACCUGGAAAUGAAGUCCAACAGGUUGAAUUACUUGCUGGGGUCGAGGAUUUAUACGGAGGCAUCAUUAUAGACUUGGAGAAAACUAUGGAUUCUGAGGCCUUCGUUCCUUUACUUAGGGCUUCAUUAUCGCAGUGGAAGCACCGAGGAAAGAGGGCAGUUUGGAUUAAAUUGCCUAUCGAACUUGCUAAUCUGGUCGAACCGGCGGUUAAGGAAGGGUUUAAAUACCACCAUGCGGAACCAGACUAUGUAAUGCUUGUAAAUUGGAUCAGCAAAUCUACCAAUAGUCUUCCUAAAAACGCCUCGCAUCGCGUUGGGAUUAGUGCUUUUGUCAUGAAUGACAAAAGAGAGGUGCUUGUAGUUCAAGAGAAGAGUGGCAAGUUCAAAGGCACAGGUGUCUGGAAAUUCCCUACUGGAGUUGUUGAUGAGGGUGAGGAUAUUUCUAUGGCAGCAAUAAGGGAAGUUAAAGAAGAGACAGGGAUUGACACUGAAUUUGUGGAAAUUUUAGCAUUCAGGCAAAGUCACAAGUCAUUCUUUACAAAAUCGGAUUUACUUUUUGUUUGUAUGUUACGUCCACGCUCGUUUGACAUCCAGAAGCAAGAUACAGAGAUUGAAGCUGCCCAGUGGAUGCCAGUGGAGGAGUAUGCAGAGCAGCCUUUUAUGAAGAGACAUGAUAGCUUUAGUAGUGUAGCCAAAGUAUGUUUAACAAAGUCAGAGAAGGAAUAUGCGGGAUUUUCCCCAAUUCCUAGAACUACAGCUUCUGGCAAGACCACUUACUUAUACUUCAACACCAAGGAUCUCACCCAAGUAUGAACCGUGCUCUGCUACUCUUCAUUCUUUCCAUGCCGGUACCUCCAGGUCAAUGAUUGAAAGCUAUUUAUCUUACUAGAAUUUAAGUCUUCUUUUAAGGUUUUUUUGGAAGGUCUUUGGGUGUCAUAUUUUUAUACUGAUGUUGGAAUAUACGUUGGACAUGGAAUGAAGGUUGUUGAAAAAUAAUGAAGAGAAAUGGAAAUGAAGUUCAACA